GUACCCACGCCCCCGCCCUGGCCUGGGCUGGCAAGGAAGACCUGUGGGCGGGCGUCAAAAGGGGGACCGGCCCUGUGACCCCUCACCGGGGCCGUGGGCCCGAGCCCCGGACUUCCCUAAGCCGGCAAUGACCGCCUGCGCCCGCCGAGCGGGUGGGCUUCCGGACCCCGGGCUCUGCGGUCCCGCGCGGUGGGCUCCGUCCCUGCCCCGCCUCCCCCGGGCCCUGCCCCGGCUCCCGCUCCUGCUGCUCCUGCUUCUGCUGCAGCCCCCCGCCCUCUCCGCCGUGUUCACGGUGGGGGUCCUGGGCCCCUGGGCUUGCGACCCCAUCUUCUCCCGGGCUCGCCCGGACCUGGCCGCCCGCCUGGCCGCCGCCCGCCUGAACCGCGACCCCGGCCUGGCAGGCGGUCCCCGCUUCGAGGUAGCGCUGCUGCCCGAGCCGUGCCGGACGCCGGGCUCGCUGGGGGCCGUGUCCUCCGCGCUGGCCCGCGUGUCGGGCCUCGUGGGUCCGGUGAACCCUGCGGCCUGCCGGCCAGCCGAGCUGCUCGCCGAAGAAGCCGGGAUCGCGCUGGUGCCCUGGGGCUGCCCCUGGACGCAGGCGGAGGGCACCACGGCCCCUGCCGUGACCCCCGCCGCGGAUGCCCUCUACGCCCUGCUUCGCGCAUUCGGCUGGGCGCGCGUGGCCCUGGUCACCGCCCCCCAGGACCUGUGGGUGGAGGCGGGACGCUCACUGUCCACGGCACUCAGGGCCCGGGGCCUGCCUGUCGCCUCCGUGACUUCCAUGGAGCCCUUGGACCUGUCUGGAGCCCGGGAGGCCCUGAGGAAGGUUCGGGACGGGCCCAGGGUCACAGCAGUGAUCAUGGUGAUGCACUCGGUGCUGCUGGGUGGCGAGGAGCAGCGCUACCUCCUGGAGGCCGCAGAGGAGCUGGGCCUGACCGAUGGCUCCCUGGUCUUCCUGCCCUUCGACACGAUCCACUACGCCUUGUCCCCAGGCCCGGAGGCCUUGGCCACACUCGCCAACAGCUCCCAGCUUCGCAGGGCCCACGAUGCCGUGCUCACCCUCACGCGCCACUGUCCCUCUGAAGGCAGCGUGCUGGACAGCCUGCGCAGGGCUCAAGAGCGCCGCGAGCUGCCCUCUGACCUCAAUCUGCAGCAGGUCUCCCCACUCUUUGGCACCAUCUAUGACGCGGUCUUCUUGCUGGCAAGGGGUGUGGCAGAAGCGCGGGCUGCCGCGGGUGGCAGAUGGGUGUCCGGAGCAGCUGUGGCCCGCCACAUCCGGGAUGCGCAGGUCCCUGGCUUCUGCGGGGACCUAGGAGGAGACGAGGAGCCCCCAUUCGUGCUGCUAGACACGGACGCAGCGGGAGACCGGCUUUUUGCCACAUACAUGCUGGAUCCUGCCCGGGGCUCCUUCCUCUCCGCCGGUACCCGGAUGCACUUCCCGCGUGGGGGAUCAGCACCCGGACCUGACCCCUCGUGCUGGUUCGAUCCAAACAACAUCUGCGGUGGAGGACUGGAGCCGGGCCUCGUUUUUCUUGGCUUCCUCCUGGUGGUUGGGAUGGGGCUGGCUGGGGCCUUCCUGGCCCAUUAUGUGAGGCACCGGCUACUUCACAUUCAAAUGGUCUCCGGCCCCAACAAGAUCAUCCUGACCGUGGACGACAUCACCUUUCUCCACCCACAUGGGGGCACCUCUCGAAAGGUGGCCCAGGGGAGUCGAUCAAGUCUGGGUGCCCGCAGCAUGUCAGACAUUCGCAGUGGCCCCAGCCAACACUUGGACAGCCCCAACGUUGGUGUCUAUGAGGGAGACAGGGUUUGGCUGAAGAAAUUCCCAGGGGAUCAGCACAUAGCUAUCCGCCCAGCAACCAAGACAGCCUUCUCCAAGCUCCAGGAGCUCCGGCAUGAGAACGUGGCCCUCUACCUGGGGCUUUUCCUGGCUCGGGGAGCAGAAGGCCCUGCGGCCCUCUGGGAGGGCAACCUGGCUGUGGUCUCAGAGCACUGCACGCGGGGCUCUCUUCAGGACCUCCUCACUCAGAGAGAAAUAAAGCUGGACUGGAUGUUCAAGUCCUCCCUCCUGCUGGACCUUAUCAAGGGAAUAAGGUAUCUGCACCAUCGAGGCGUAGCUCAUGGGCGGCUGAAGUCGCGGAACUGCAUAGUGGAUGGCAGAUUCGUACUCAAGAUCACUGACCACGGCCACGGGAGACUGCUGGAAGCACAGAAGGUGCUACCGGAGCCUCCCAGAGCGGAGGACCAGCUGUGGACAGCCCCGGAGCUGCUUAGGGACCCAGCCCUGGAGCGCCGGGGAACGCUGGCCGGCGACGUCUUUAGCUUGGCCAUCAUCAUGCAAGAAGUAGUGUGCCGCAGUGCCCCUUACGCCAUGCUGGAGCUCACUCCCGAGGAAGUGGUGCAGAGGGUGCGGAGCCCCCCUCCACUGUGUCGGCCCUUGGUGUCCAUGGACCAGGCACCUGUCGAGUGUAUCCACCUGAUGAAGCAGUGCUGGGCAGAGCAGCCGGAACUUCGGCCCUCCAUGGACCACACCUUCGACCUGUUCAAGAACAUCAACAAGGGCCGGAAGACGAACAUCAUUGACUCGAUGCUUCGGAUGCUGGAGCAGUACUCUAGUAACCUGGAGGAUCUGAUCCGGGAGCGCACGGAGGAGCUGGAGCUGGAAAAGCAGAAGACAGACCGGCUGCUUACACAGAUGCUGCCUCCGUCUGUGGCUGAGGCCUUGAAGACGGGGACACCAGUGGAGCCCGAGUACUUUGAGCAAGUGACACUGUACUUUAGUGACAUUGUGGGCUUCACCACCAUCUCUGCCAUGAGUGAGCCCAUUGAGGUUGUGGACCUGCUCAACGAUCUCUACACACUCUUUGAUGCCAUCAUUGGUUCCCACGAUGUCUACAAGGUGGAGACAAUAGGGGACGCCUAUAUGGUGGCCUCGGGGCUGCCCCAGCGGAAUGGGCAGCGACACGCGGCAGAGAUCGCCAACAUGUCACUGGACAUCCUCAGUGCCGUGGGCACUUUCCGCAUGCGCCAUAUGCCUGAGGUUCCCGUGCGCAUCCGCAUAGGCCUGCACUCGGGUCCAUGCGUGGCAGGCGUGGUGGGCCUCACCAUGCCGCGGUACUGCCUGUUUGGGGACACGGUCAACACCGCCUCGCGCAUGGAGUCCACCGGGCUGCCUUACCGCAUCCACGUGAACUUGAGCACUGUGGGGAUCCUCCGUGCUCUGGACUCGGGCUACCAGGUGGAGCUGCGAGGCCGCACGGAGCUGAAGGGCAAGGGCGCCGAGGACACUUUCUGGCUAGUGGGCAGACGCGGCUUCAACAAGCCCAUCCCCAAACCGCCUGACCUGCAACCGGGGUCCAGCAACCACGGCAUCAGCCUGCAGGAGAUCCCACCCGAGCGGCGACGGAAGCUGGAGAAGGCGCGGCCGGGCCAGUUCUCUUGAGAAGUGAGGCCCGGCCCCGGACAGGGUCUGGGCCCUGCUCCCUGUCCCAUCUGCAGUGGACCCCAGGCACCCCGCUUUGAGGAGGUGGGGUGAACUGCUCCUUGGCAGGGAUUUGUGACACUGCAUUGCUGGGCUGUGUUCCCCAGGCUCUUCUGGACCUUGCACCGUGGAUACCAGGCCAUGUGCCAUGGUAUUUGGGUCCUGGGAGGGUGGGUGAAAUAAAGGCAUGCUGUCUUCCA